AAAUCCUCCCUCUUUUCCAAUCCUUUCCAAAUAUUUCCCAUCUCUCUCUCUCUCUCUCCAAAAGUCUUUCUUUUUCAUUUAGCUCUCUUUUGGACCUCUCUCUCUCUCUCUCUCUCUUUCUCACAGCUAUAACCUUUUCAAGCUCAUCAUACACCAUCUCUUUCCAGUAAUCUGCAACUAUCUCAAGCCCACCCACAAAAAAGAAAAACAAACAUCGCUGUUCUUCUAUUCCCAAGAAGUAGAGAAACCCAAAAAAGAGAAAGAAAAAAGACCCAAAUUUUCGAAAUUAAUCGGCACAAAACAACUUCCUCUUCUUUUCCACCCCUAGUUUUGAGCUGUGUGGGGGAGCACAAAGUGACCCUUAUCUUUCUUUCUUCAGAAGACCGGGAGAAAGCUCAAAAAAAAAAAAAAAAAAAAAUUCCUAGCUCAUACUUUUGAUCCCUCUGUGAGCUCUAAGUCGGUGUCCAGAUGGAAGAAGAGAGCUCCUUCCCUGAUCUUUCACUCCACAUAAGCCCCCCGAACAGUGCCCCCUCCUCGAUCUGCGGCGGUGGAAACAACGAGGGCGACUCGAACUCGAGCUUCGACAUUUGGCGGAGAGGCGCCGAGGACGAUGACGACUAUCAUUAUGCCCUAAGGUCCCACAGCGACAGUUCCGUUCUCAAGGCUGAUGCUGCCGCGGACACCCGGCUCUCCCUAUCGAAUUUACCGGCCGCCGCCGUGGCUGCGAGCAACCCCUUAGAGGCCGAGAGCCCGUGGCGGAGGAGCAUGAUGGACACCCACAAUGGUGAUCAUCAAGUGGAAGAUUAUUUCAAGAGGAGGCAUGCAAUUGGCAAUGGAAGUCUCGGCCACAUAAGCAGCGGGAUGUCGCUCCUCGGUGUCUCGGACAAGCUUCGACCGAUCAAGGGCAUUCCCGUGUACAACACAGGCGCUUGCAACAAUUCUUUCCAGUUCCCUCUGCAGGCAGAUCGCGAUUUCCCCAGAGAUGUGAUGACAACGAGGGACAGUAAUCCAAAGUUAUCUUACAACUUCCCUCGGCCGAGCAACAUCAUGAUGAGCAUGAACAAUAGUUCUAGUAGUCCGAGCAAUUAUUUUGAACCCAUGUACGUGUUGAAUUCCGGCGGCGGAGGCGGUUCGAGAUUCAACGGGAUAACGAUGGAUAAUCUGAACCACAAUUUCAAGUCGAGGCAGAUGAUGAUGCAGUACCUGCAUCAGCACCACCAGUAUGGAUCGUCGGGCGAAUCGAACGGAUUGGUCUCGAGAUUCAGGUUCGUCCCCAAGUUGCAGAGCAACAAGAGGAACAUGAGGGCUCCGAGGAUGCGUUGGACUAGCUCUCUCCAUGCCCGCUUUGUUCAUGCCGUCGGGCUUCUUGGCGGCCAUGAAAGGGCUACACCAAAAUCAGUGUUGGAGCUUAUGGAUGUGAAGGACCUAACACUAGCUCAUGUGAAGAGCCACUUACAGAUGUAUAGGACUGUUAAGAAUACUGACAAAGCAGCUGCUUCCUCAGAUGGAUCUGCUGAUGAAGACUUUCUGCCCCCAUUAAAAACAUUCCAGCAAAAUGGAAACCAGAGAGCUGAUGGUUCUAAUCUAAGUGUUUCCACUGGACAUAACAUGUGGACUAACAGUUCAAGUAAAGGAGAGUGGCCAUACAGCACUAAUUCUAGAGAUGUCGAUGGGACAGCAAGGCCAGAAACCAUUUCAUCUCAUCAUAACUCUGAGGUGGAGUAUAUGGGUCAGCAGAGAGAUUGUACGAGAUCGGGCUUGAAUAUGAAUACUCCCAGCUUGGAAUUCAGCCUGGGGAGAUCCGAUUGGCGUGGCAAUGUAUACGACUCCUAAUUAGACGCAUCAAAAAAAUGUUUUUCAAUGCAUAUAAAUUGGAAAUAGUGUAGAGCACAUUAAUUAUCGAUAUAGUUUUGACUCAACAAAGUCAUUUUUUCUUUUCACAGCCAGUGCAUCUGCUGUCCUAGUUUUUUUGUUUCCCGACUUCCUCUUUUCUAGCAAACUAAGGUUAUCUUCUUUUGGAAUUAGGGUUUUGACGGUUCAUGUCCAAUUCAAAAAAGGCAAAAGUAGAUGACAAGGAUAAACGGUUGAGUUCUUCCAUCUAGGGUUUUGCUUUUUAUCUUUUCUUGAUUUAUUUAUAAAGACAUAUUGGUUUGUUUGAUUAUCUAGGAUGAGCAACUUGAGGAGAACCCAAUACGAUAAAGUUUGUAUUUAUGAACGAAUUGCUUGCUGUUA